GCCGAACGCCGGCGUACAGCAGUGGCGGCCAAUUCAAAGAAAACGAGCUCGGCUGUAACUUCCCGUGCACACCACUCAGACGACUCCGAGGAUAGUGACAGUGACGGUGAUGAAGACGCCGAUUCGGACGAGAGUGUGACUGCCCUAACCGUAGCAACUGAUGAUGAGGAGGAGGCAGAAGAUAGGCAACGUACCACCAAUUCACAACUGACCUCUUCUUCCUCGUCCUCCGGCGAGGACGAUGACGAUGGUCCUCCACUGAAGCGCCGCAAGGAGUUAACCUCCGCAUCCACCACAGGGCCCCGAAAACGCCCAAAUUCUAGUAGUUCAAGUGGAACUCGUCGCUCGGGCACUUCGGCAAAACGAUCCGCCGCUAGUAAGGAAACUACCGGUGCACCGGGUAGGAGGUCCAACAAUAGAGGCGGAAACGUGACAACGUCGUCGAAAACCUCCGCUGACGAUGAUGAUGAUGAUGAUGGCGAGGAGGAUAAUGAGGAGGGGCGAUCGAGUGACGAG